AUGUUCCGUACCUACUCUCGCUCUAUAUGGCAUCUUGCCUCUGGAGCGUCUCCUAGUACAGUCAAGCUCGCAACUCAAACAUCUCCUCGAUUCGCAAUUGCUCCUCUCCUCCGUCAACCAGCUCGUAUUGCCUUCUCCAGCAAAUCCGACAAAGAUAACAAAGACCCUCCUCCUUCUUAUCGAACUAUCGAUCGCGAGGCCGAACGUAAGCGCGGACAAGAACUGCUAAAGUCAGAUCCAAGCAAAGUCUCGUCCCAGAGCUCAGUGCGCCAUGUUAUCGAGGAACCUCAAACACCUGCAACCGACGAACAUGACAUGGCCGGCGAGCUGAAGCAUGACAUAGACAUUGUCAAAGACGCAUUUCGAUUCAAAAGCGUUCCCCGCGAGUCGCACAUCCUUGGUCUUGCUGGCACACUGCCAUAUAUGGGAACAUCUCUCACCACCGUCUUCCUUGCCUGGGAUCUCAAUAAACAGUGGCCUAGUGGAAACGCUUUCUACGAUACCAUCUUUGUGGACCACGAGACAGCCAAAUACUUGUUGAGCAUCAUCGAACCCCUUCAACUUGGAUAUGGCGCUGUGAUCAUCUCCUUCCUGGGUGCGAUCCACUGGGGUCUUGAGUAUGCUGAGAAGCAGCCUCUCCGCGAACGCACUCGUUUCCGCUACGGCAUGGGUUUGGCCGCCUCCAUCAUCGCCUGGCCGACUCUCUUCCUGCCCGUCGAAUAUGCCCUCACAACCCAGUUCAUGGCUUUUGUUGCCCUCUACUUUGCUGACUCUAGAGCCGCCACCCGUGGCUGGGCACCUCAAUGGUACGGCACCUACCGCUUCCUCCUGACUGCCAUGGUCGGCCUCGCCAUCUUCAUUUCUUUGGUGGGCAGGGCCAAGAUCCGCCAGGGAGACUCCCUCAGCGGUCACGGUCUGAGCGACAACUUUUCAAGACCUGGCAUCGCUGAUACCAAGACCAACUGGACCAAAUUGGAGGAGGAGGAGAAGGAGCGUGUGAAGAGAGAAAAGAAGAAGAAGGCCAAGGAGGAUGAGAAGAAGAAGCAGGAAGAGAUGCAAGAGAAGAUGAGGAGCGAAAAGGGCCAUGACCAGGCCAAGACAGAGGCCGAGGACAGUAACAAGGGUGAGGAGCAGAGCGAGAAGAGUGAUGAGAAGGAGGACGGUCAGGAUAAGAAGGAAUCCGAGGACCAGGAGAAGGAGAGUGAGAAGAGCAAUGAUAAGGGCAAGGGCAGCGAUGAGAGCAAGGACGAGGAGAACGAGAAGAAUGAGGAGAACGAGAAGAAUGAGGAGAACGAGAAGAAUGAGGAGAACGAAGAGAAGAAGUCCAAGGACAAGGAUGAGGGUUCCAAGGAGCAGGACGACAACGACAAGCCCAAAGACACCAAGUCCAAGGGCGGGAAGAAGGAAUAA